AUGUCGAAUGUUCGAACAUUCACGGGACCGCAGCAAGAAGUGGCGGGUACACUGCCCAACAACUACUCGCUGGGCGGCGGCAACAUGAAAGCUGACUACAAGGUGGCUACGAACAUUGUGCCGAACACGGAAGCGCGAUGGAAAGACGUUAACACGCGCGGUCGCGGUGGCGACGUGCUUCGACAAGAGACGCAGGCGCACGAGAUUGAUCUUCCUCCAAACAAGCCUCACAUGCAUGCAGGCGCAAAUGAAUCCCACAACAAGGUGUACUCAUCUCACCAAGGCCCCGACAAGCCGGAUGUGUAA